GAUGAUGUCGUUGAAUCGCUCGGCGCUCCACUGAUGAUGCCUUUCUUUGCCCCGCGUGGAGUCUGCGCAAACAUGGCGGCGCCCAGUGGAGAUGUUGAAAUCGUCGCUAAAAAGCCGACAGUGAAAGGCCCAAGGAGGGUUGCGAAUCAGAUUCCUGAUGAGAUUCUCAAAGACCCUGAGCUGAAAGAGGCGGUUAGUGUUCUGCCUUCCAACUACAAUUUUGAGAUCCACAAAACAAUAUGGAGGGUGAGACAGGCGAAAGCCAAAAGAGUGGCUUUGCAGCUUCCAGAGGGGCUACAGAUGUUUGCCUGCGUGAUCGCUGACAUUAUUGAGAGGUUUACAGAAGCAGACACACUGGUAAUGGGUGACGUAACGUACGGAGCCUGCUGUGUCGACGACUUCACCGCCCGAGCUCUUGGUGCUGACUUUAUGGUGCACUAUGGACACAGCUGUCUGAUUCCAAUAGAUGCCACGGCAGGGAUCAAGAUGCUCUAUGUGUUUGUGGACAUCCAGAUGGACACGGCUCACUUCCUGGACACACUCCGGUUCAAUUUUGCCCCAGGGCACUCCCUUGCCCUCGUCAGCACCAUCCAAUUUGUGGCUGCACUGCAGGCGGUCAGUGCGGAGCUCAGACCGGAUUAUGAGGUUCUUGUGCCACAGUGUCGGCCGUUGUCUCCAGGAGAGAUCCUAGGCUGCACAUCCCCUCGCCUCAACAAGCACGUCAGUGCCAUCAUAUACCUUGGGGAUGGAAGAUUUCAUUUGGAAUCUAUCAUGAUCGCCAAUCCAGAUGUCCCAGCUUACAGAUAUGAUCCCUACAGUAAGGUUUUCUCUCGGGAGUAUUAUGACCAUGAGGCCAUGCGUGCCAAUAGACUACAUGCCAUAGAGACGGCCCGCUCAGCCCAGAGGUGGGGUCUGAUACUGGGCACGCUUGGUCGCCAAGGCAAUCCUAAAAUCUUAGAGCAUUUGGAGGAGAAGCUGAAGACACUUGGCCGGUCGUUCACCAGGGUGCUCCUUUCCGAGAUCUUCCCUAGUAAGCUGGGACUGAUGGCAGAUGUUGACAUAUGGGUUCAGAUCGCAUGUCCUCGUCUGUCAAUUGAUUGGGGCACAGCAUUUUCCAAGCCCCUGCUGUCUCCCUAUGAGGCAGCUGUAGCUCUGCAGCAGACAGGAUGGCAGGAUGUGUAUCCCAUGGACUUCUACUCCAAUCAGAGCCUGGGGUCUUGGACCCCUAAUCACCCAGACAAUCAACCCCAGCGGCCCACACGCAAACAACAGAAGGCAGACUCGCACUGUGAGCGCCCUGUCCCCUGUGGCUGCCAGCGCGAAUGAACAGUACACUCACACAGCAGCAGCCAAUCACUGCGCAGUCUUCCCAUCUGCAGGAGACAGCCAAUCGCAGGCCUGUGUACACCUCUGUUGUCGGAGCAGUGUGGAUAUUGGCACAGAAAGCACUACAUCAAAUCUGCCCCUCUCAUAAUAUAGCAGGAGAGUGUGUUUUUGGGUGAGGAAGAAAAAAAGAGACAGGGAGAGAUAGACAUAGUGAUAGCAAUGACCCUGGGAGCACGUCGCUUGUUUCAUAUUGCAGCAUGUGGGUGGCUUGUUAAAUGCAUCUUCUUGUCUCUAUCCUAGAAAGAUCCUGCCAGACAUUUUGCAUUGUUAUACUUCAUGUAUUUGAUUGAAAGCAAAAUUGAACUGCUCUAAGCAAAACAAUACGCUUUUCCCCUUUUAGCUUCAUCAAUUGUUCGAUGGGUAUAAGAGACAAAUUGCAGAUCAUGUCAAAUUCCAAUCGUAUUCUAUCGUGUUUUCUUCCAAACAUUAAAUAUUAUGUAGAAGCCAAAUUAAAUAUUUUAAAUGACAAACAUUUUUAGUGAGUAAGUAUAACAGCCGAAAAACAAAACAUCUUAUAUCUAGCCUCAGAAUGCGGCAGUCUGUGUCUGGAGUCCAUGUCUAGUCUUAUUAUGUGGUGAAAUAAGUGACCAUCAGACAUUACAGAAGGUCAUUUAUUCAUUUAUUCAACUUUAUUAACCACUUUUUCAUCAUCUCUGUGGCUCCGAAGCAUGUCCCAGAAACACUGCAUGGGAUGUAUUUUACAGUUGAAUGCCAAAGUUUGCGCACACUUUCUUUCUAAAUAAUAAAUUAAAAAAAAGAUAUUUCUUACAAAUGUAACAGAUAUUCUCAUAUUCAUCACAAAAGAUAAUGCAGUUGUAAACGUUAAAAGGAUUUGAAACCAAAUAUAAACAUAAUAAAAUAAAAUAUUAUGUAUGUACAUAAUAAAAAUAUUAUGUAUGUAAUUUGACAGUUUUGACUUGCAUUAUACUUCAAUAAUUGAUUUUGAUACAAUUUGUUUAUUCCACUUUCAAAAUCUCUUGUGUCUCAUCCUUGUAUUUAAAAUGGAAAAUAUGUCAUUUGUGUACUGUACCUUGUCUUCCUGCUUAAAGGAAGGCUAUCCUGCUGGAAAACGGCCAUACUAAAAAAAAAAAAACAGUCAAGAUGAGAUAUAAAUAACUUUUACUGUAUAUGCUUCUAAAGACCUCCUGCUGUUUGGACUUUUGUAAACUUUUCUGGACUUGAUUUUUUUUGUUAUUUUUCUUCUACCUGCUGGUGGUCUUUUUCUCUCUCACUGUAUAUGGUCCCUUUAUUUCAAGUUGCAUUUUAGAAGACGUUUCUUCUUUUAGAAGAAGUUUCUCUAAAUCUUGUUUCGCUAUGGCUGUGUUGUGGCUAAUGAAGCUUAAACCUAAAUCAAUUAGGACACCAAGGAUUCAAACCAGAGUUUAUUUCCAUAUCUAUUCGAAAUAAUUUGAUUAGUGAUUUUCAUUGUUUUAUUCUUUUUCCCAAAUACACUUAUUUCUGUCUUGUCUUUAUUAAAAUAAAUGUUGAUUGCA